AUGUUGGGAAGAAUAUUUCAUUUUACAGCAGAUGCAGUACUUGUCUCAACUGUGCUUGCAGGUAUCAAAAGAAACACUGGUUUAGAACCAGCCACUAGCCAAAUAGAGCAUGAAGAAAUUAAAAAGUAUGUGACUAAAUAUCUCAACAUUGGAGAAUGGGUUAUGGAUACCAGCAUUGGAUUGAUGAACAGUUCACCUUACUUUGAACGCAAAAAAUAA